AUGGCGGAUGUACACAUUCUCUCUUUCAUUCUUUUAUGUUGUGUUGCCAUUAACUUUGCGCUAUCUAGCAAUGACGUCAAUGAUGACGAUUUAUUGAUUACCCUGAGUGGAAAUUCGGUUAUUCGUGGUAAACGCGAGACAGUGUUGGACAAGGUAGUCGACGCGUAUCUUGGCAUUCCGUACGGUAAAGCACCUAUAGCGGAGUUACGAUUCAAAGCUCCUCUCAAAGUUGAUGACUGGGAUGGGGUACUUGACACAACUCAGUAUGGAAACGCUUGCUAUGGAUGGAUUGACAACUACUAUGGUAAUUUCUCGGGAACACAGAUGUGGAAUUCUAAACAACCUCUAAGCGAAGAUUGUCUGAAUUUAAAUGUAUGGACAACACAUCCAAGACCUGAAAAUGCCGCUGUGAUGGUUUGGAUAUACGGCGGCGGUUUUUACAGUGGUACUUCGGGGCUGGAUGUGUAUAAUGGAAAGUACUUAGCUGCAGAAGAAGGUGUGAUUGUGGUUUCUCUCAAUUAUCGUCUGGGCCCAUUAGGGUUUCUAUACCUGCAUGAACACACACCAGGAAACAUGGGGUUGCUAGACCAAGUGCUAGCUUUGCAGUGGGUUCAAGACAAUAUCAUUAAUUUUGGUGGCGACCCUACUAGAGUUACAAUAUUCGGAGAAAGCGCUGGAUCCGUUAGUGUUGGAAUGCAUCUAUUAUCGCCAUUAAGUCGUGAUUUGUUCAACUAUGCUAUAUUAGAAAGUGGAACACCGAACAACCCGUGGGCGUCUGUUAGUCUGGAAUUAGCAACGGAUCGAGCCAGUCGUUUAGCACUCGCCGUUGGAUGUUACAAUGGCGAUUUUAGCAUAAUGCUAUCUUGUCUACGCCAGGUUGGCCCACAAGAACUUGUUAAUAAUCAAUGGGAGGAUUAUGGCGUUUAUGUGUUCCCAUUUGUACCAGUGGUAGACGGCACGUUCCUUACUGAAACUCCGCAAUCAUCUUUAGACAGACACUCUUUUAAAAACACCUCUAUUUUGAUUGGAUCGAAUCUCAACGAAGGAAAUUUCUUUUUGAUCUACGGUACCAGUGGCUUUAACGCAUUCACUGACAGUUUGUUAAACCACUCACUGUACCAGCAAGCAACAAAGGAAAGCUUUCAAGAUUACAAUCAGUUCGGCCUUGACGCCAUAUCAUUUCAGUACAUUGAUUGGAUGGAUCCAGAUAAUGACACAAUGUUACGUAAUGCGGUGGAUGCGAUGGUUGGUGAUUAUAAUAUUAUAUGCCCUGCCAACCAAUUCGCAACGUCGUAUGCUCGAGUUCAGCAAACUGUUUAUAAAUAUUAUUUUACUCAAGUGUCAUCCAACUCCCCCUGGCGUGAUUGGUUGGGCAGUCUCCAUGGUGAUGAGAUCGCCUAUGUUUUUGGUAUUCCUUUGGAUAUAAGUACUGGAUUCUCGACACAAGAAAUACAACUUAGUAGAAAAAUCAUGAAAUAUUGGACGAAUUUCGCCAAAACAGGUAACCCCAAUACAGGCGAUGAGUGGCCAGUAUAUACGCCGACUAGUAAAGAGUAUUUAAUUCUAAACACCGAUUCUUUAGACGAUGUUAAAGUUGGUAUAGGUCUCCGUGCAAAUAAAUGUGGAUUCUGGGACUAUUAUUUACCCAACCUCAAUAUUCAAACAGCUGACAUUGAAGAGGCUGAGAAACGGUGGAAAGAAGAGUUUCAUCAAUGGAGCACCAAAUAUAUGGGCGACUGGAAAACCGAAUUCCAAACAUAUGUCACGUAUAAAGGUCAAGUCUGUAGCGCUAUUAAUGAUCCGUAGUGUACGAUGAUAUGCGCCUUGUUAAGUGACACGAUCGAUCGAUGUUAAGAAUCAACUAUUGAGCGUGCUCAACAUAAUUCAGAGAAAACUCGAUCUGAAAGGAUUUAAUUUUUUUUCUAUUUUUUACUGUAUUGAUGGAGUUCGGCUUACUAUAAAAUUAUCACCCUAUUCCCACGUCCAUGACAUACAAACCUAUUAUGUGAUGUUGAUAUCUACAUAAAAGUGUCACGAUAUGUCCAUGACAUACAAACCUAUUAUGUGAUGUUGAUAUCUACAUAAAAGUGUCACGAUAUGUCCAUGACAUACAUCCGUAUUAUGUGAUGUUGAUAUCUUAAUAAUAUUUUAAAUAAUAAUAUUUUAAAUCCAACUUAGUUUUCAAAGAGUUCAAACCGCCUAGAUUCAAAUCCUCUUUUCCUAUCUUAUAAGGGCGUUUAUCGAGUAAGUACUCCACAGCUUUGCUUUUAUUUACUAUCUUUAGCAGAAUAGAUUUCCCU